GAUAUGACUACCACCAUACCAUCACCGCAGCGGUCGCGCGCUUCGUCACGAUCCAAAUCGCCACUGUCGCUCGACCUUUCAGAUCUGCCACCGCUGGUGCAGCCGUCUCCGCCUUCCAACACGCUCAUAAUUACAAACCUUGUUGAGCCUGAGAUCUUCCACCCUUCGAACCUCGUCCAAAUACGUGAAACCAUAAACACCUACGCACCGAUACACACCUGGGCACCGCUCAAGUCACUCAAGCGCGUCGUUGUCUCCUUCUUCGAUGUCGACUCCGCAAUUACAAUUCGCCAGAAGGUGGACGGCGAGCAGAUCAUGGGGUGCCGGGUUCGGGUGUACUUUGGCGUGAACACACCACUGAACCCCAGCGACCAACACUUGCCGCUUCCGAAGUCCGAUAAACUCUUCUUCAUAUCGCCACCACCGUCCCCUCCCAUGGGCUGGGAGAUGCGCAACGAGGAUGCUCCGAAUCAGAUAGUACAUGCGGAAGACCUGGCGGAGGCGCUGGCGAAGUUGCAUGCAGACCACCGGGAGCUUCCUUCACCGAUCGACGACGAACUGAGCCCUCGUGUUAAGAGGCGAAGGACCGGAAGCUCGGCGAUCAUCUACCACCCCGAAGACCACGGCGACAGCCCCCACCUUCCCGCGAUCGCUGUCGAGGAUACGACCGCGAGCCCGACUAUUAUGACACCAGAUGAGAUGGAGGGCAUAGAAGGCCCGAUCGCCGUGCAGAAGGCCCAAGGGAAUUUCGUCUCAACGUCGAGACCUCCCGUAGAGCUGAUGCACUGAUUUCUUUGCCUCUUUUUAAUUUUUGUAUUAUAUCCAAAAAUGCAGUAGCGAAUGGGCACGGCUGGCGUUGAUAUGGUGUUUCAUUCAGGCGACUACCCCAAGUUUGGGCCAUUCCAAAUAUCAUGUAGGCAGGUUCUUAUGGGAACGGGUCUGGACUAUUACAGCGAAAUACGUUACAUUGGGCAUGGUCUUCAAUAUGAGACUAACGGAACUUAAAUUGUUGAAAACAUCUCAUACCACAAUCUUUGCGUGCUGGUAACUGAUUCCUAAGUUUUUCCAAACUUCGCAACUGCCAUAGUCACGGUAGUAUUGUGCUACCUACGGAGCAA